UCUGAGUUCACGUCAGUCUUUGUGGUUUGCUUCUCAGAUUCAUGAUGAGUGUUCCUGUAGAGGAAGACAAAGACAAAGCAGAGUCUGCAGGGUCUAGCAGUCUGCCCAUAAAGAGUGAACAGUCCAAAGGAAAUUUACCGAUCUUCAGUUUUGAACCUGGAUCCGGAGAGAAAAGAAAUCAAGAAAUAGCACCUCAAGUAUCCAGCUCUGUGUCUAUCAACAGUGACAAGUCUAAAGAAGAAUCUCCAUACUUCAGUAAUGAACUUGGACCCUCAGACACAGGAGGUCAGAGAAAAGCAUAUCAGGUUUCCAGCUGUUUGUCUAUGAAGAGUGACUGGUCCAAAGAAGAAGCUCCGUACUUCAGUAGUGAACUUGGAUCUUCAGACACAAAAAAGAGUAAAAGGAGUGGUGUAUGUGAGGAGGAGCAGCUGUCCUGCUGUGCUGUGUGUCAGGACGUCCUGAAGGAUCCAGUCUCUACCAGUUGUGGACACUGGUUCUGCAGACAGUGCAUCUCCGCAUACUGGGACCAGUUGGCUUCAUCAGAAGACUCCUCUUGUCCUCAGUGUGGAAAAAGAUCCAGAACCAGAGCUGGACUACAGACAGCUAAUCAGAGCAGCUGUGUACAAAGUAAGACUGAACAUUUGUCUACUGAUGGACUCAUUUCUAAAAACCUGAUGGAAAUAUUAACAUUUCUCCACAGCAGCACAGUGGUAUGGUGGUUAGCAAUGUUAGCGCACAGCAAGGAGGUCCUGAGUUCAAUUCCACCAUCAGGCCAGGGUCUUUCUGUGUGGAGUUUGCAUGUUCUCCCCAU